AAUUAAAAAAUUAAUUAGAGGUGAAUGGUAAACGAGAAAAACAUAUCGACAAUGUGUUUUUUAUAUUCGUCGGAAAUUUAGUAAAAUUUCCAAUAAAACAAAGAAAAAAACACAAACAGAAUCUAUAGUAAAAAUCGUAUCUUUCGCAUGGCCAGCUUUUCUUCUUCAUCUGCUGCGGAAGCAAGCAAGCCAGGAAGAAAGAAUACCACAGUUUGAUUAUAAAAAGUCGCCUUGGAAUUUUAUCUUCUCUCAUUUCUUCUGCUAUCAGCGAAUAUAAUAUUACUGAAGAAGAAAGGAAAAAAUAUAUUUGUGUAAACUCCGUCAUCAAACCUGAAUUUCAGUCGGAUUCCAUUGUUGAGGAGAAAAAGCUACUACAACACACCGAAUUAAAAAUGACGGGGAAUUAUUGCGACGAUGACCCCAACGCAGAAAAAUUCCGCAAGCUGUUCAUCGGAGGUCUCAAUAAUGAGACUACAGAAGAUACUCUUCGCCAGUACUUUGAAACUUGGGGUGAAGUUGUAGAUUGCGUGGUGAUGAAGAAUCCGACCAACAAUCGUUCUCGUGGCUUCGGCUUUGUCACUUACCAGUCGGCUGCACAACUAGACAAGGCUCAGGCACAGCGACCACACACGCUCGAUAAGAAGACUCUGGACACGAAGCGCGCCAUGCCACGCGAUGGAUCUGAGGAGACUCAGGCGUCGGUAAAGAAAAUGUUCGUCGGCGGCCUGGAAGAGACGACAAGCGAAGAAGAAAUCCGUGAACUAUUCUGCCCGUACGGCAGGAUUGAAAAAGUGGAAAUGAUUAAAGACAAGGCAACUGACUUAAUCUACAGUUGUAUUCUUUUGGUGGCAACUUCUCACUGCUUGAUGGAAGUGCUUUUCAAAUGCCUAUUACCAGCUUUGAUAAUCAGUGGUGAAAAAAUUGCAAUUAGAGCCAGUUUAUACUACCUGUGGAAAAAGACUUGAGUGCAAGAGCAGUAACAAAAGAAAUUAACAGGGGCACAAGAACUGUCAACAAAUGUAUGACACAAAACUGGUUCAUAUGUUUCAAGGAAGAUGACACUACCCUCAAAGACAAGCCAAGGUUAAGAAGACCUGUUGUGGAAGAUGAGGCCUUGCUUGAAAUGGUUGAACAAGUCAAGAACCAACACUUCCAUAAGCUUGGCCUUAUAAGUAGAAGUUGUCAAGAAGUUCCUCAAGAACAGACCAAUGACUUGUGAAUAUUUGCAAAACAUUUUUUUGACUUGACCUGGACGUUUUGUCUCAAAACCAGUUCAUUGCUCAGUAAAGAAGCAAAAAUUGGCAAAUGAUGCUAAAUCCUGGACGCUUCUCUCUGUCCUCUGUACAAUUCUUCGUCACUUCCCACAAACAUUUUUAGUGACUUAUUGUCUCUUGUACCAUUUUGUUACUAAAUUGAUCAUCCUUUCUCAUUGACUCCUGUAUCUGAUACCUCACCUAGAGACUUUCAGGUACUCUGCUGAUACACUGCAGCAUUUUCUUUAAAAAAAAAAUAAAAAAAAUCACAAAAGUGUAACAUGGUACAGCAUACUGAGACCAAUUGUGUUCUAAAUUCUAGGUCCUUCUACAGUGUUUGUCUUCUACCCUCAUUCCAGCAGCACCUACCUUCACUGAGUUACUGAGUAUGCUCUCUGCACAUGAUUUGUUUUCAACUCCUUGUAGAAACUGGUGUUUGUGAGUAGAAGGCACCAUCACCUUCUGAUCAGGCUCCUUUCUACACAGAAAAAUUCAAUGCAACCUGUUUUCUUGCAGUGCUACUCAGUGCUUCUACCAACAAUUACUAAUUUCCUUUUGUGGAAAAUAGCUUACUGAAGCCUCCUUGGUUUUUAACUUUUUCCUUUCAUUACUCCUGGUUUAAAUUUCAAUAUGUUGCUAUGGGAAAUGACAUUUCAGACUUCCAGCUUAUUAUGCUUGGCUAAAGCUGAAGUUUCAAGCUUUAAAACUUGUCUCUUUUCUCUCCCCAAAACAGUUGAAAUUUUCACCAUUAGCUUGAAACUGCAUCUAUAAAAAUUUGACAAAACAAUCAGAUGUCAAACCAGAAAGAUCCCAUACAUUACUUAGUAAGAUUUGUAAUGCGCAUUAACCUUUAAUUCUCUUUCAUUCAUUCAUUGUUAGAUUGAAAUUUGAAAUAAUUUACGUUUAACAACUUUAAAAUUAUUGAACAUGUGUUGAAAUGCGUUUAUUAAUUUUUAUUUCCCAAUGUAGUAAAUUAUUCAAAAUACUUUUGUGAAGGUAACAGUUUUCAAAAUUCCAUCAUUUCCAUUUCGGUUUUUAGUUCUAUACUGAAGGAGGCUGUAUGCAACUCUUCCUUCCAAAAGAUUUGCUCUUUAUAGAGGUGAUGAGGUUCUGACACCCUUUUAAGGCUCAAAUUGCCAGAUUCUUGGAUAUAAUAAAAUACUUUUCUAAAAUUUAUGAAGAAUUUUUGGUCUUCCAAGUUAAAUAAACUAAUUUUAUUUUAUUAAAA